GAGUUCCACAGGGCCAAAAAAACUACUAACUGUGGGGAAAGUGCGACAUCUUCUAGAAACCUCAGCAUCAAAUAUGCAUAUGAAGACAUGUUUGAACAUGAAUAAUGAGAUCUACCACUAAAUGAAUCAUCUCUAAAAUGGCAAAACUUAGAAAACGCGAGGUUACCUUGUGUUUUAGCUGUCAAGCAAUACACGUCACGACGUCGUCGCUAGACUUGGGUGUGUCACACAUGUCAAUCAAAGUCGCUUCUCUCUUUAAACCAGCAGUGACGACUAGCGGGAGGGUGAGAGAAACGAAAUCAUCCCCGCUGCUUUGAUGACUGUAUUCUUCUGUAAUCUUCAAUCUCACCAACUUUAUUUAUAACUAAUCAUUUGUAAAAAUAGCGACGUACAGCUUUAUCUGCUGAAGUGCGAAAGGAAUAUUUUUUUGUGUUGCUGGAGGCGUGUCGUGCAUCUGUGUUAUUAUGCUUAAAUCUCUCAUGUGAUGUCUUGAUAUUCCCGCCACUAAGAUAACUGUAUAUCAAUGACAGAUGGCUGGACAAAACUCGGAAAUCGAGCUUGAUUUGAUCAAAACUGCAGAGAGAAGCUCGUUGGUAAAUGCUGUAACGGAGGUAUCCAGCACAGCACCUGAGAAGCUCUCACCAAUUCCUGAGCUGGAUCCUUGGGAGAGAGAAGCAGAAACGGGCUCGACAGAAUUCACAUACUCCUUAUGCUCAGUGGACAGGUACAGCACUGCCUCCUCUUCCAGCAGCUCCCUAUCUGACUCCCAGGAGAGAGGAGAACUCUGUGCCGGGAUUGUGCUGAAUUGUCUCUUCUGCCGAUUCUACGACUUGUUCCUCAUGCUACCUGAAACAUGCGAGCGAGCUGCUAACUCCAUCUGCCCUGCCUACAUGCUUUUCUCACCACCUGCGGAACCUGCGCAUAAUAACACCUGGAACUGCAGUUGUGAUUUUGACUGUGGCCUUAUGGACGCCUGCCACGAAACAGGGGAAUGUCUUGAACUAGCGAUGGAAAUUUCUGAGGUUUGCUAUCACUGAGGUGCCUGCAAAACUGAAGAUGUUGCUCUGUUGGGAGAAAACUUUUCAAUUCCACAUCACUUUGGGAAAAAAAAAAGUUGGUAUUUUCAUCCCAGAACACCACAGUCUAUGCCAAAGCAAGCUCGUAUAUGCUCAUUUGGACCUAGCAUAAUCAAAAUAAGUCAUUCUAGGUUGGAAAAUAAAUGUAAACAUGACAUUAAAGCUACUAUUAGCAAUUUCUGCAACUCAAUUGCAACUCUUAUAUCUUCCAUAGUCCGGCUCCUAAACUCAUACCAUUGAUUGAAGUGGUAGAGAAGUGCCUCCAGGUUUUCUGACUGGUUAAUGUGAGUGGCUUUCUCUUAAAUAACACAAGACCUCCGGUAAAACUGGCUCCUUAAAGGGGUCCUAUUAUGCUUUUUCACUUUUUGAAUUUUAGUCAGUGUGUAGUGUGUAUGUUUGGGCAUAAAAAGAUCUACCAAGUUACAAA